AUGCUUAACUUGUAUCCAUUCAAGAGAGUGCUGAAGGUGGCCUUCCUGUUUCUGAUAAAAGGACCUUUGCCAUUGUCGCCAUUGUGGGAUAGGUUUUUCAAAGGUGGUGAAGGGCACUUCAUAGUUUAUGUGCAUUCAUCUCCACGGUACCACCUUAAUGUCUCCAAGACCUCUGCCUUCUAUGGUCGCCAAAUUCCAAGUCAGGCGACCGAAUGGGGAUCGAUGUCAUUGGUAGAUGCCGAAAGGCGUCUCUUGGCCAAUGCUCUGCUAGACUUCUCCAACGAGCGCUUCGUUCUGCUAUCAGAUGGUUGCAUUCCACUCUACGAUUUCGUCACUAUUUACAGGUAUCUAUUGCGCUCCGACCACAGCUUCGUGCAUUCUUACGACGAAGACACAGAAAAUGGCCGCGGACGUUAUAGCCGCCAUUUGGCUCCUGCAAUCAAGCUUUCUCAAUGGAGGAAAGGGGCUCAAUGGUUUGAACUACACCGCUCGUUGGCGGUGAAUAUAGUUGCAGAAGACAAGUACUACAACCUUUUCAGGAAAUAUGCUGGUUCUCUUAACUAUCCUGACGAGCACUACAUUCCCACCUACUUGAGCAUCUUCUAUGGGGCCUCGAUCGCCAACAGGACGCUGACUUGGGUAGACUGGUCAACGAGAGGUCCUCACCCUGCAACAUUUGGCCGCAGAAACAUCACAGAGGGCUUCAUCCAGUCUAUCAGAAAUAAUGCGACCACCUGUUCAUACAACUUCAGGCCAACCUCAGUUUGCUUCCUUUUCGCAAGGAAGUUUUCUCGUGAUGCAUUAGAACCCCUGCUCAACAUCUCUCCAACAGUCAUGAGAUUUUAACAUCUUUUAACUUGAUCCCCAAGGAAUGCAGUCUUCUCACCCAUGCAUUCUUGUCUUCUCUGAUGUGUUUUAUGGCACCAGGAUGGCAAAUAAAUCACCAAAUAU